UGAGGCCUUUUGGCUGAGGGAUUUUGCCACGGCGUUUUGCUGAGGCACUUGGCCUGAGGCGAUUUGGCCGCAGCAUUUUUUCGGAGGGUGUUCGACUCCACCAUUGGGACGCCCUCCAUAGGCGGGAUCCCCUGUGUUGUGUUCUUUUAUUCACAGGAUGGAGAAGAGAACCCCUGCCCGCCCCAGGCAGGCCUGGAUGGAAGACAGCUCUUCCCAGGAGAGCCGCUCUCCAGGUCUGCAGCUUCCGUCCUCCUACGAGGUGACCGCGAUGGAGGCCCUGAAGAUCGAUGCCAGCUGGUUGCCCAUCUACAAGGAGGAAGAGGAAGCCGUUGAUUCCAUCCUGGCCUUUGUCACCAGCCCCAACCAGGAGGAGAGAGACAAGGCCACGUUUCUUCGGAGCAUCUCUGUCCUCUGCAGAAGCGCCGUGAAGCUCGGCCUGACCCAGGGCCUGGAUUUGUUCUGUGACGUGUGCCAGCUGUCAGAGAACAUCAAGGCGCUGCUGGAAGAAGAGCCAAGGGACCGCCUGUGCACGGAGAUUCGGCACCUUUCCAUGCUGGCCCUCGAGAAAUUGAGCUUGGUGGACUCAGCGCUGGAGGGCAAAGCCAGAAGCCUCCUCUGGGCAUGUUUCUACAGUGUCUUCUGGCUGCCUGCAGAGAAGGAGAUGCCAAAAGGGGACCUUGCCCUCUAUAUCAAGACCCUGAACUCCAUGGACAGCAUGCUGAGGACGAUGGUGCUCAGCUUUCCUGCCUCCAGAGUCAGCGAGGAGCUGCAGGGCAUCUUGGAGCUGCUGCUGGACUUCACCAGAUGCGAGAGAGAGGCUGUGAGGGAGAGGGCCAUGGCAAGGAUCGAUGUGCUGACCUGUGUGCUGUCCGACUAUUCCACUCUGCAGGCCCAUGCCAAUGUCACAGGAGGCAUUUCUGAACCUGUCUGCUCUGGGGAGAUCCAUCUCCCGCUCCUCGGAAAGCUGCUGGGACGUCUCAUCCUUUUCCGGUUCUCUGAGGAACAGACAAGCUGUGCAGCUUUCCACGCUCUUUUUGCACUGGCUGACUUCAUCUUCGAAUCCAGGGCAAAGGACAGAGCAGGCCAAGAGCAGCAGGAAGCUGUGACCACCUCCGCGCUCUGUUCUCUGAGCGCCAAGGACUGUGCCAAGGCCUUUGGAAAAUACCUCCGGUCCCACGAGAGGACAGAUGUCAUCCUUGUGGCCAUCGAGGCGAUGAGAGAUGCCAGCAUCCUUGACAAGCAGGUGCCCAGCAGCCUGCUGGAUGUGGCCUUGGAAGACCCGGAUGUCUGGCUGACGGACGCACCCAAGAUAGUGAGCUGCAUCCUUGAGAGCCUGGAAUACUUCAGCACAGAGUGUGCUUGGGAGAAAGCGGAGUCCCUACUCCGCCUGAUGACCAACCUGUACCCCACCACAUUGGUCAUCCUCCUCUGUAAGGCGGCUCUUCAAGGAGACAGCACUCAGCCGCAGCUGUGGGAGCUGAUGUCCUCCAUGCCGGAGAUGCUGGAGAAGAUCUUGGAGGAGUUUGCCAUCCUGCUGCGCAGACACUGCUUCUGCUGCUCCACAAAAGGCCCCAGCACCCACCCCAUGGCUUCGUCCUCCAGGAAGGCUGAGGUGGAGGAGUUGGCUGAUAAGCCCGAUGUCGAGAGCCAUCCGGGCUGUCCCAACGUGGUGACAGCCAGGCUGCUGCUGGAAGGCCUUGUCGGGCUGUCACAGAGAGCUGAGAUGGCAAGAAAUAUUGAACUCUUCCUGCCGGGCAUGAUGAAGAUCCUGCAAGCUGGCAGCGAAGAGGCCAAGAUGAAGAUCCUGCUGGCCUUGCGGAACGUUCUGCGUCAGCUGAAGAAGAGCAAGGCCAGCUUCAUCGCUGUGCAGCUUGUGGGGAGGCUCCUGCCCCUCUUUGACUCGGAGUGCAGUGAGCUGCGAGAGCAGUCCAUCUGCAUGCUCACAUUGCUGCUGAAGUCAGUGGUUGGCAGGGAUGAGAAGAGGAUGAGGAAGGAGGUGUGGCGGGCACUGGUGCCACUCCUCUUCCGUGUGAGCGACCAGGUCCCCAGCGUGGCCAAGGCCUCCAGGGAAGCCCUUCUUGCUGCCGCAGAGCUGCUGAGGUGGAAGACGCUCAAGCACCUGCUGCAGAGAGAGCGGCUGUGGGAGCUUGGAGCAUGUUUGCUGCAGAAGAGCAGGAGCAGGGCUGAAGAUUUCAUCCAUCAGAGCCUGCCAUACCUGCAGGACCCUCAGGCCAACGUGCGCCUGGCGGCCGUCAGGUUCAUCGGACUCAUCACCCGGCGCCUGAGGGACCAGACCACGGAGAGUCAGGCUGAUAUCCUGAGUGCGCUUCAGCCCUUGGAGGAAGACUGGGACAUCUCUGUCAGCUCCCUGGCAGCUCAGACAAGGUUGAUUCUGAACAGUCCUUGUCUGCAGCAAAGACCAAGAAGCCUUCUGGAAGUGCUGCGCUGCUGCCUGCCGUGA